UCGCACAGAAGCCAGAAAGGGUACUUUCGGAAAAUCAAAAUUCCUCUGUUUCCCGCCAUUUCUCUCUCAACACUCAAAGCAUGAUCACCACCACCACCGCCCUGCACCGGUGGCUCAUGGCCUUCGUCCUAGCCUGGACACUCGUCGUUCUCUCGGCAGCAGCAGAACCACCGCCGCCGCCAGGUUGCGCCGACGAGCUCGUGAGGUUCUCGCCGUGCCUGCCGUACGUGUCGGCUCCGCCCAACAACCUCUCUGACUCGGCCCCACCCAAGUGCUGCGACGCAUUGUCGUCGUCGUUUGAGUCCGGCGGCGCCUUGUGCCUCUGCUACUUGAUCCAGGACCCUCCGAUGCUUGGGUUUCCGGUGAACGACACUCGCGUUCUGUCUCUGUCUUCCACUUGCCCUCUCAGCAACAAUGGCACAAGCACAAAGAGCGCUGAUAAUUCUUUGGAGUCGCUCUGCUCAGGGUCGCCCGAACUCCCUCCACUCCGCAGCUCAACGAUUUCAGGGAUUUCAAGUCCUUCUCCUUCUCCUUCUGGAGCUGACAAUGCUUCAUCUCCUUUGAUGAGCUUACCGUCAGAAUCAACAAACAGUUCAAGCUUGCUGCCGGGAAAGAGAUCACCGACGACAACUCCACCAAGCUCAGCAGUAGAACCAGCUGGGGUGUCUACAGCAAUGAAGCAAAUUUGCAGAAGCAAUACUUGGUUUCUACUUGCCGUACUGAUUUUUCUUGUUCCCAUCUCCACUCACCUGUAGUACUAUAUGCUCAUCUGAUCAUACACCUAAUCAAGCAUACGUGUGUUACUCUGUUACAUUGACAUUCAUGAAUUUGUAUAUUCUGAUACAAAGUUCUGCUUAAUUGUGGGAUGAUGACCUGUGAUAAUUGAGCAACGAAGUCUAAAUUUCUUUAGAAAAGGUAUUAGGAAUAUCAAUUCAAUAUGACAGUAGGCAAAUGAAAUCCACCACUCUCAUCUAUCUUUUAUAAUUGUAAGAUAAUAUGCCAACUACUUGAAGGCUAUUGUAAGUAACUUCACCAGCAUCACCUAUAAAAUCCACUUUCACAGCAUACACAAUGCAUUGACUGCGGUACUACUUGGCACUAGCUUCACGAAUCCUGCUUCAAAAUCCAGCUCCACCUAGAGCCACAGACUCAUGGCACACCAAAAGCGAAACAGGAAAAUAUAUUUCCAGCCAACAAUCAUUGUAAAUCCUGGGAUUCAUAGUAUAUGAAGAAAGACAAAUGCUUUAUUUU